AUGGACACUUUUGAAGCACACAUGCAGCAGGCCACGGCCCCGGGCCCUGAUCGAAUACUCCCAGGCGUUGUUCUGACAGUUGUAAAUAAGGAUGGCAUCGCGUACUCGAAGAGCUUCGGCUCAAUGUCGAUGGACCCUGCUUCAGAGCUAUCGAGCCCACCUCUUACUCCGGACACAACCAUGUGGAUAGCGUCAUGCACGAAACUUAUGACAGCUAUCUCUGCUAUGCAGUGCGUGGAGAGAGGACUUCUGAAGCUCGAUGAAGAUGUGUCUAGUAUUCUACCCGAGUGGAAAACCCCGCAGAUCCUUGUCGGAUUUGAGGAUGAUUCCGGGAAGCCCAUUUUCAAAGAUACAAAAAAUAAAAUUACGCUCAGAAUGUUGCUCUCGCAUCAAAGUGGACUGGGAUACGGCUUUGCAGAACCUGAACUGAGACGCUACUGUACAUAUGCAAAUGUGCCGGGUAUCGGCCAAGGGCCUGUUGUCGAAUCUUACUUCCUUCCAUUAUUACAUGAGCCAGGAAGUUCUUGGACUUAUGGGGUCGGCCUCGAUUGGGCGGGUCAGAUGAUCGAGCGCGUGACCAACAAAACCCUAGGCUCAUUCAUGGAAGAGAAUAUCUGGAAACCACUUGGGAUGAACUCGACGACGUUUAGGCUCCAGGAACGACCGGACAUUUUAUCUAGGCGCGCAGACAUGGCAGAGAGAACCGCCGACGGCACUUUAGGCCCUAGCCCAACGCGGUUCUUCCCUGAUGAAGUUAGCGACGACCAGGGCGGUGGUGGGAUUUUUUCUUGUCCAGCAGACUAUGCGAAACUCCUGAUCUCGAUUCUUAAGAAUGAUGGUACUCUGCUCAAGGCAUCCACAAUGGACGAUCUUUUCACUCCAUGCCUGACCGCUGGAGGAAUUACAGCAGUACGUGAAAACAGGGCUUCGAGUUAUAAGAAUUUCCGAGAAAGCAAAGCAGGCUCCGAGGCGACCAAGCAAGUCGUUCUGCCGCACGAAAUUAAUUACUCAGUUGGCGGUCAAAUAUCAGAGAAAGGUUGGGUUAAUGGCCGAAAGGCUGGAAGUAUGUCCUGGAGUGGCCUACCCAAUCUUAAUUGGGUAAUAGAUCGUGAGUCUGGUAUUGCUUUUCUCUAUUUCAGCCAGUUAUUGCCAGCUGGAGAUGCUGUGUCGAGAGCAACACUUGAGAGAUUUGAAUAUGCGAUAUAUAACGGAGAGCUUGAAGACCUCAGUCCUAAAGCGUCAUAA